AUGAGGGUGUUGAUCUAUUUCACCGUCUCACUGAUUGCUAUCAGCAAUGCUCAAUUUUUCUCGUCCGGACCAUCGCCGUCCGAUUAUAUUGAUCAGUUUGGAAUGAAAAAUGCGAUUGGUGUUUGGAGUGAUGCACUUCGGAAAAUUGCGUUGAGAAAUAAUCCAAAAUAGUGAGUGAAAAAGAAUUUCGAGGGAAAAAUAGAAGAUCAUUUUUCAAAAUUUUGAAAAAAUAACCAAAACUCACUCAAUCUGUAGAUGUAUCAUUAUUUUUCUUUAGCUAUCAACCUUCCAAUAUCCGAGCUUUUACAUUGGAACCGCCAACUGUCAACACAAAUGAGCUUGAUUUGAACAAACUUAAAAAAGGAAAAGGAGAUUCAAUUAUCAAUGAGAAAUUGUUGAAUCUUCUCUUACCAAGAAUCAAAGGUCAAAAUAUGUUCACCACAACAACCACGACUACAACAACUCCGAAACCAAAACCAACCACAAUCAAAUCUACAACUUCAACUACCCAAGCACCAACAACAACCACAGAGGAGAUUGUGAAAAAUACACAUGCUGGAAGAUUGGUGCAACCUGAUAAUGAUAGUGAAGAAGAGGAAGUUCUCACACCAUCCACCACUUCAACCACUGAAAUUCCCACAACUACUCCUGAACCAGAACCAGAGACAACUUCUAAACCAGAACCAAAAAUAUCGAAGAAAUCCGAAGAUUCUAUUGAAUUUACAAAUGAUGAUAAUAAUUUGUCAGAAGACAAAAAUGAAUCAACUACACCAAAAGCAUCUGAACCAGAAGGAACUCAUCUUUCUGUUAAAAUCCGAACAGCCGGUGAUGAGGAAGUUGAAGGAUCGGGAAAUGAUGAGAAACCAUCAUAUAUCAAGAAACUUGAAGAAAUCUAUAGAAAAGAGGAAGAAUUGGUGGAAAAGGAGUUGACUGAGAUGUCAGUCGCUGAACUUUUUGACACUAAAUCUACCAAGAAAGUCAAAUCUACAACCACAACAACAACAACAACAACAACAACCACUGAAGCGCCAACCACAACUUCUACUGAAAAUCCACUGAUCAAAGAAGAAGCGCUAGAAAAAGAGGCUAUUGAGGUAGAACAGUUUUCAAAUAGUAAAAAAAAUCAAACAUAUUUUUCAGGUCCUCAAAUCACUUGACGCUGAAGAAAAUCAAGACAAACGAAAACAUGAAGAAGUCCAAAAACGAAAAAAUGAACGAGAAGAAGCUCGUAAAAAGAUCAACAAUUUCCUGAAAACAAUGAGUUAGUUACCUUUUUCUUGAUGUAUUUAUACAUAGCAUCAUAAUUUGCAGAGACAAUUCGAGCAAAUCGCGAGAAAAAAGUGACUGCCGAGGUCGAAGUUGUUGAUACCACCCUGGCUCCAACUGAAGAGCCAACAUCGACCACAGAAGAGGAAUCAACUACUGUAACGACUACUACUGAAGAGCCGACAACCAAAAAAGCUCGAAAAACUACGAAGAUUCCAGAGGCUGAGGAAGAGGAAGAAGAGACAACUACAGAAUUAUCGACUACAGAAUCGACUACCACGAAAAAAGCAAAAACUACUACUACUACGACAGAAACACCAGAAACAUCUACUGAUUCAGAAGUUCCGAGUGAGUAUGAGUGGUGGUUUUUGAAAUAAAGUUUGAACUAAAUUUUUUGAGCAAGACGUGAAAAACUCCUCAAAAAUUUUUUUUUGAAUUAUAAUUUUUCAGCCAAAACUUUGAGUACUGAAGAAAUUGAAGAUGUUGUCGCCAACACCACCGACGUUCCCGACACAACCGAAAAUCCAGACGAUGUUGAAGCAACCACAAAAGAGAUUCCACAAAUCCAACUACCACGAUUAUCUCCUCAGCAGCUCGCUCAAAUGAUGACCCCAGUUUCAGGAAUCAUUGAAGAUAUUCGACCAAUUUUGAGCAGUAUUUUGACUGGACAAGCAGCAGCUAGAUCGAGGGUUCGUUUACUGAACGAUUUUUGAUUUCAAAAAACAUCUAAAUUUUCAGGCCGCGGCUGUUAGAACAUAUGAGAGUACAAAAACACCAAACUACACACCUCGAGAUAUUUUAGAGCAUGGUUAUUCUGAAAAUUCAUUGGUUGGAUUUGGAUCGCAAAUUGCUAGAGAAAUUUUGAAUCCAGGAAUUCUUCGCAGAGAUAAAGCCAACAGAGAGCGUGUUAUGGCUGCAAAAAUCGAGGAGGCUAAACAGCGAAAAGUCGCGGCGGUACGGGAAACCAAAAUGUUUUGAGAUCUCACAACAUAAAUUUAUAGGUUGAAGCAUUCGGAACUGGCGCACCAUUAGAUUUGUCCUCUCAACAAAAACCACUCCCAUACUUUGUGCCACCGCCUCCAGGAUAUGUUGGGCCAUUGCCACCAGCCCCACCCCCGCCACCAUCCGCGUUCACUGUUGGGGCAACGAGACCGUUACCGAUGGUUCAAACUGAGGCACCGACUCGACCACCUACACCAAUGACAACUCCACUUCCAAUUGUACCAAAAACUCGUAAGUUAAUCCAUUUUUGAAAGCCUAAAAUCUAGAACAUGUUUUCAGCCCGAACCAACGAUGAAGGUUACGAACAAGGUAGAGAUGAUGUGAAGACAACAUUUGAAGGUGAUUCUGGAGUGAUGACCGGCGGACGUCGACCAGUCCCAGUUCCUGAUUUCGAAUCAAUGCCAAGUGGUGAAUCAUUUGGACUCUCCCCUGUCGCACAACCUCCAAAAGCUCUCCCAGCACCAUCUUCCCAAUCACCUGUAAAUAGACCAUCCUCUGGAUUUGGAGGCGGAUCAUUUGGUGGUGGAAGCGGGGGAUCAAGUGGCUUCGGCGGAGGGCAUGGACCAUCAGUUCCAUUUGAAGAAGUUGAACGAAACUCAAAAACUGACUUCUCAUUCUUCACCUCAAACCGAAAAUGGUAA